AUGAGUGUAUUGGCGAGAUAUUUUGUGUCUGAGUGGGUUAUCUUGCAAAUUGGUAGUGACUACACUUUUAUGCUUCAAAACUACAUCUCUUGUUUUUGCCUUGUUACGAUACUUGGAAAGGCGUUGGGCAGUGGAUUGUUGCCUGUUAAGUCCAGUUCUUGCAGACAAAGAUGUUAUACUCUGCAUUCGGCCUGGAGGUUCAUCAGGCUUCUUCCAGAACUCCAACUGCAAAGCCCUUCUCUUAACAUUUUCUCGAUUUCUUCGAUUGGAAGACCCUUGGUUUCAGGCACACGUACGAGGACAAACAAUAACGCUACAACAGAGAUUACUCCGAAUAUAAGGAACGUCCAUGAUGUCCCAAUUGCUUGUGUUAAGGACAGGAAAGAUUGCGCCACAAUAAGGUUUGAUAUCCAGUUGGUUGUGGCUGCUAUGCCUCCACAUACGCCUCGAUACCUCGGAGGGUAUAUUUCAGAAUUGACAAUCCAUGGAACUGUACCCAUUCGCAGAGAAAAGAAUAUGAUAUAUAGCCCCAGGCCGGUUAGUGCUAGCCAUCCAUAG